AUGCUCGCUCCCACUCUCACUACACGUCUUCCCACGCGGGCCAUCCCCGCAUCCCGCCAAUGGCGUCGACACUUCAGCGUCGCCCGACCGGCCCUGAAGGAGAUCCAAGACGCCUACAUCCUCAGCGCCGCGCGCACUCCCACCGCCAAGUUCAACGGCUCCUUCGUCUCCGUCUCCGCCCCCCAACUCGGCGCCGUGGCGAUCAAAUCCGCCCUCAGCAAAUCCAACCUCCCCACUGACAAAAUCACCGACGUCUACAUGGGCAACGUGCUACAAGGAUCCGUCGGUCAAGCCCCAGCCCGUCAAGCAUCCAUCUUCGCCGGCCUCUCUCCCACCGUCGAAUCCAUGACCGUGAAUAAGGUGUGCGCGUCGGGUCUAAAAGCCGUCGCCCUGGCGGCUCAGAACAUCCAGCUCGGACUAGCGGAAGCGCAAGUCGCCGGUGGAAUGGAAAACAUGUCGCGUGUGCCGUACUAUCUGCCUCGGUCUAGUCAGCUUCCUCCCUUUGGGGAGAUUAAGCUCGAAGAUGGCCUGAUCAAGGAUGGGCUGUGGGAUGUGUAUAACCAGUUCCAUAUGGGGAUUUGUGCAGAGCAGACGGCUAAGAAGUAUGAGAUCUCGCGCGAGGACCAGGAUGAGUAUGCCAUCCGGUCGUAUGAGCGGGCACAGAAGGCGUGGGCAGAUGGGGUGUUUUCGGAGGAGAUUGUCCCCGUGACGGUCAAGGGGAAGAAGGGGGAUACGGUGGUGGAGCGGGAUGAGGGGUUCGAGAAUCUGCGGGCGGAUAAGUUGCGGGGGCUGAAGCCGGCUUUUCUCCGGGAUGGAACGGGUACUGUCACGGCAGGGAAUGCGUCGACGAUGAACGAUGGUGCGUCUGCCCUGGUACUUGCCAACCGGGAGCUGGCAAGGGAGUUUGGUGCUGGAAACCGAGCACUGGCGCGGAUUGUCUCGACGGCAGACGCGGCCAUCGAUCCGGUGGACUUUCCUGUGGCGCCGGCUAAGGCGGUCCCGAUUGCGCUGGAGCGGGCGGGCAUCACCAAGGACCAGGUGGCGGUGUGGGAGUUUAACGAGGCGUUUGCGGCGGUGAUCAAGGCGAAUGAGAAGAUCCUUGGACUACACAACGCACGGGUUAAUCCUCUAGGAGGAGCCAUCUCGCUGGGUCAUGCGCUGGGCAGCUCGGGGUCGCGCAUCCUGGUGACGCUGCUGCACCAGCUGCGGCCAGGCGAGUACGGAGUGGCAGCCAUCUGCAAUGGUGGAGGAGCAGCCAGCGCGAUGGUGGUGCAGAAGCUGGAGCGGGUGGAUUAG